GAGCCUUCACGUCAGUUCAACAAGAAUGAGAAUUUUCAAACUCAUCUUCUUGUUGCUUACCAUCUUAGUGAUUCUCUCUGUUGUGGUUGUCGGUGAAUGCGGAAUCAAAGACGUUCUCGGAAAAGUUGGAAAAGCAAUCAAAGAUCGUGCGAUAGAACAAGUCAAGAAAUUUCCAAAAGCUGUCAAGCAAACUAUUCAAGUGCUAAAAAUUACCGGUGCACUAUGACUGCACUAGGAUGUUUCGUGCUCGAUUGUCGAUAAACCUUGGCA